UUCCGGGACAGGCCUCCAGGUCCAGGGAGGGGGCGGUCUGACAGUUGGUUCCGCCGGGAGGGUGGGCGGGCUGCGCGAGUGGGCGCGGGCCGGAGGGCCAGAGAGUCAGCGCUGGAGAUGGGCUUUUGAUGGUGGAGAGAGGAUACUGAGUCCAGCAGGGAAUUCUGCAGCUGUAGGAGGAUACCAGUACGCAAAGGCUUCUGGAACUCACGUGCCCUCACAGCAUUUGUCUACGGCUCCAGGGAGCAGCAUCAGGGCCAGGGUGACAAUGGUCUCAGUGACUAUGGCCACUUCCGAGUGGAUCCAGUUCUUUAAGGAAGCCGGCAUCCCCCCGGGACCUGCUGUCAAUUACGCCGUGAUGUUUGUGGAUAAUAGGAUCCAGAAGAGCAUGCUUCUGGAUCUAAACAAGGAAAUCAUGAACGAGCUGGGUGUGACCGUGGUGGGCGACAUCAUCGCCAUUCUCAAGCACGCCAAGGUGGUGCACCGUCAGGAUGUGUGCAAAGCUGCCACUGAGUCAGUGCCCUGCAGCCCCAGCCCCCUCCCAGGCGAGAUGCGCCGAAGCGCCUCCAGCGGAGAUGUUUAUCGAGGACUUGUGAAGUGCCAGGAAUGUUGUAGGCACUGGGGCUUCAGCAGUAAACAGGCAGUGGUUCCUCAUGGAGCUUGCAUGCUCAUGGGAGAGCCCUCCACCGCCUCCCGCAUGAUCGCCAACAGCCUGAACCGUGACUCCCCGCCUGGAACUCCCCCCAGGCGGCCAGACACAAGCACCUCUAAGAUCUCUGUCACUGUGUCCAACAAGAUGGCAGCGAAGAGUGCCAAGGCCGCUGCUGCCCUGGCCCACCGGGAGGAGGAGAGCCUGACUGUUCCCACCAAGAGACGCAGGGUGACUGCUGAGAUGGAGGGGAAGUACAUCAUCAACAUGCCCAAAGGCACCACCCCCCGGACCCGCAAGAUCCUCGAGCAGCAACAGGCAGCGAAAGGUGUCCACAGGACGUCCGUGUUUGACCGUCUCGGCGCCGAGACCAAGGCGGACACGACAACAGGAAAUAAACCCACGGGAGUCUUCAGCCGCCUGGGGGCCACGCCAGAGUUGGAUGAGGACCUGGCUUGGGACAGCGACAAUGAGAGCAGCAGCUCUGUCCUGCAGUAUGCCGGGGUCCUGAAGAAGCUAGGCCGGGGCCCAACCAAGACCAGCCCCCAGCCGGCACUGACUGUCAAAGCCAAGGCCACAAGCUCGAUGACGAAGGCCAACACCCCCAACACCCCACCGCUGCGGCGCCUGGCCAGCAAUGCCCAUCCCAGGCUUGAGAGGAAGCCAGAGUCUCUGUCCAAAGUCAGCAUCAUCCAGAGACUGGGCAAGACUGCCCUUGUGCCCGAGGCCCAGGACAGCCAGGUCACGAGCACCAAGAGUAAGUCCUCAGCCAAGGUCAAGGUCACCAUUAAGAGGACUCUAGGGCCCCGGGGGAACAGCUCCAGCGAGGGCCUUGGUGCCCAGAUGGACCAUGCGGGCACUGUGAGCGUGUUCAAAAGACUGGGCCGCAGGACCUUCUAGCCCACAGGUGGGGCGCAGGCCCCUUCCUAGGCUCCUGGUUCCAUCAGUCUUCAGCGAGGGCACGGCCCCCGCUUCUGGAUGACACUGCUGGUCCUCCUCCGGCAUUCAGGCCGGGUCCCAGCUUUGUGGGGAUGCACCUCGUUUUCCUGAGUCUGAGGUGGUCGUGUGGCCUGGCCUUGCCGCUCUGGGACUUCCCUUCUCUCACAUCCUCUGCUCUGUCCUCUCUGACUGUGGCCUUGGCAGGGCCCAUUUUUCUACCUCUCCCGAGUGCCAAGUGCCCUUGUCCUCUCCCCCAUCCCCUUCCCUCUCAGCAGCAUCUGCUGCCUCAAACCCCAGGUCCUUGGCCUUUUGGUCCCCCAGAGUGGGUGUCACCUGCUGGGUCUCCCCCCACCCCCCCGCCGCUUCCCGACUUCCCUCACUCCUCUGUCCCCCAGCUUUUACUGCUUUAACUCUCCUGUCUCCCUCCUGCACUCUGUUCAUUUCUCUUCUGUUUUCUGUCCCUGUGGCAAGGCCCGACUGUCCGCUGCGUCCUGCCUGGCCCUCCUGCACCUGUGGCCUCCCAGCGGCCCCCUCGUCGACAGUGGCGUGGAGCCCGUAGAGACUGUUAGCAGGCCUCACUCCCGGGCUGCAGCAGGGGCACCUCCGUCUCCCUGCCCUGGGCAUCUCUCUGAGAGGCUGUGGCGGGUGGUGGGCAAGGGGCACUGGGAACGAAGGCCAGUACCAAGAGAGAAGAAAACAGCUGUUUUAAUAUAUUUUUGUGACUUUC